AGUUCAGCAGGUCAGGUUCAUUGAUUUUGAUUUUGUCCGAUUGCUACAUGCAGUGUCUUUGAAGUCUUUCGCUGUGGAUCACGGUUUCAAUCAAUUAUGAAGCGAAGCAAGGAAGCGGGGAAGGAGAGUAAAGAUGCGAAAGGCUCAAGCAAGGAAAAAGCGAAAAAAAGCUCAGCACCUGCCAAUGGCAGACAGCCAGAAUCCCCAUACGGCAUGCUACGGUAUGCAGCGAGGUUUCUGUUUGUCCUAGCUGCCAUCUACAUUUCGUCGCGGAGUGCUCGAACGGAGAGUACCCAUUUAGCAGCUUCGGAUACGUAUCGACUUCGGCGCAUGAACGUUUCGUGUUCGAAGGACUACGAGAAAUUCCCAGGCUGUUCGCCACAAGCAUGCGGUAGAGUGGUGAUGGACAAGUUUGUCCGUGAUGAGGAGAUCGAGGGCCUGAUCGAGAUAGCAGAACGAGGCAUGUCUCACGGUGGUUCUGAUGGCGGGGCUACGAUUCUAGAUCUGCAUUCUGGUGCUGUAUCCAGAGGCAAAGAAUUCAUCAACGUCUAUAAGGCAACGAAAGGAGCCAUCUUUACCAAGGAGGAUUUUGCCCUAUACAAGACUAUCAAGAACCGCGUCAAGAAAGCCGUGGAACUUGAAUUCAAAGUUCCGGCAAAGAAGCUCUACCUAACCCACCCGACCUUCUUCUCUCGAAUGACUGACCGGCCGGCUGCCACAUCUCAUGACGAAUACUGGCAUCCACAUAUCGAUCGAACAACCUACCCAUCAUUCUACUAUACCUCACUUCUAUACUUAGCUACAAAGCAACAGGACUUUGACGGCGGAGAUUUUGUGUUCCUGGACAAGUCCGCCAACCACACCGUAGAGCCGAGAGCAGGUCGUCUGUCGUUCUUCACGUCCGGUUCUGAGAAUGUUCACCGCGUCACACCGGUCACUCAAGGCACUCGGUACGCAAUCACCAUCUCAUUUACGUGCGACAAAAACUUUGCUAUCAAGGAUCCUUCCGGCUAAUCAUGGUAGCGUGGAUGGAUGGUGCUCCUGGAUGAGUGCUUAUGGCAAGAUGCCCAUGCUGGGCAUGGAAUAUGUGCUCUGUGAAUGAUGUCUCUUGGUUUUCGAUUGCUGCUGGAUGAUUGGCUGCCCGGCUGACCACUGACAUGACGAGAUUAGUAGAAGCCGUUGCCGAGCUCGCGAUGCCACAUCUCGACUCUCUCCCUCUCUCUCUCUCUCUCUCUCUCUCUCUCUGUCUCUCUCUCGCUCUCUCUGUCUCUCUCUCUCUCUCUCUCUCUCUCUCUCUCUCUCUCUCUCUCUCUCUCUCUCUCUCUCUCUCUCUCUGUCUCUGUCUCUCUCUCUCUCUCUCUCUCUCUCUCUCUCUCUCUCUCUCUCUCUCUCUCUCUCUCUCUCUCUCUUUCUCUCUCUCUCUCUCUCUCUCUCUCUCUCUCUCUCUCUCUCUCUCUCUCUCUCUCUCUCUCUCUCUCUCUCUCUCUCUCCUCUCUCUCUCUCUCUCUCUCUCUCUCUCUCUCUCUCUCUCUCUCUCUCUCUCUCUCUCUCUCUCUCUCUCUCUCUCUCUCUCUCUCUCUCUCUCUCUCUCUCUCUCGGUGGCAAAUCCGGUACUUCAGAGUGCUGUCUAUACCUCUCUGUGCCAGUGUACAUAGUGGCAUACCCUCCUUGCCUUGCCUAAUGUCGUUGAGCAUCCUUCAAUCACUCGCUUCCAGCGGUCGCACGCGAGCAGUCUGUGGUCAGAGUCGUCCUGGCAUGCAUGCAGUGUGAGCUCACUUUUUGGCCCUGUGUCUUGGUUCACCAUGACUUGGAAACUCACAGAGCUCGCCACCUGCUGUGCCGAGAUGUACGGAGAUUUGAUGGAUUUACUGUAAUGACUGCAACUUGACUCGUGUCUCUAGUUCACAAAAUAGUUCGUACAAUGUAUAUCCCUGUGUGCGGACAACCUCCUUAGCCGUGCUCGCAAACUGCAGAUCCACAGUACACUAGUACUGUGGAUCUGCAGGUCGUGUGACUCGCUUGAUCCGCUUGCCCGACCCCUUGGAUCUUCAGUCGCUGAUACAGUACAGUAUUUAAAGACUGAGUGUUUCACUUGAUUUUUGAAACUUCCAUUCUCAAGUACACCCCUUAGUACUUUUGGCCCUGUGUCGUCGUCGUCGUCGAAUGUUUCAAUCCAUUCACUCGUCUUUAUCACUGGAAUAGCAUAGUCUUUAGAUACGAGUACAAUCUUUACUCGGUGUCUUAUUCUAGCAACGACUUGAGAAGUAUCAUGUUCUCA